AUGACCUCAAUGUUAACAUUGUUUUUUUCUGGAAUAGUUGCCUGUUGUGCUCGCUCUACUGGCGACGCAGUACCCAGGCUGCUCCUCGUGUCCUUUGAUGGCUUCAGGGCUGAUUACUUGGAAACCUAUAAACUUCCUCAUCUUCAGGAAUUCAUUGAGGACGGUGUCCUUGUACGACAAGUUACGAAUGCUUUUAUCACCAAGACUUUCCCCAACCACUAUACCAUCGUGACAGGUUUAUAUGAAGAAAGCCAUGGCCUCGUGGCUAACGACAUGUACGAUGCAGACACCAAGAAAAAGUUUUCACAGUUCAACGAUUCUGAUCCCUUCUGGUGGAACGAGGCAGUUCCAAUUUGGGUAACAAACCAACAGCAGGGACGUGGAGCAAGUGCUGCUGCAAUGUGGCCGGGUUCUGAUGUAAGAAUUAACAAUACGACCCCUCAAUUCUAUAUGAAGUAUAACUUCUCUGUAACGUUUGAGGAGAGAGUGGAGAAAAUUGUUGGGUGGCUGAACAGUUCUAAUCCAGUGGUCAGUUUUGCUACGUUAUACUGGGAAGAGCCAGAUGCAAGUGGGCACAAGUAUGGACCAGAUGACACUGAGAAGAUGGGCAAAGUAUUGGAAGAAGUGGAUAAUCAUAUUGGUUUCCUCACUAGGAGGUUGAAGGCGUUAGGUUUGUGGGACACUAUUAAUAUCAUAAUAACAAGUGACCAUGGGAUGGCCUCCUGUUCUGCAGAGAAGCUGAUUGUCCUGGAUGACUGCAUUGGUCGGGGUAACUAUACCCUGAUAGACAAGAGUCCAGUUGCUGCAGUGCUGCCAAGGCAGAAUAAAGGAGACGUAUAUAACUUACUGAAAAACUGCAGCAAUCACAUGAAAGUGUAUCUCAAAGAAGAAAUUCCAGACAGAUUUCAUUAUCGUCACAAUAAGAGAAUUCAGCCCAUAAUUCUGGUUGCAGAUGAGGGCUGGACAAUUGUGCAAAACGAGUCUCUCUCCAAAUUAGGUGACCAUGGCUAUGACAACGCUCUCCCCAGCAUGCAUCCGUUCCUGGCCGCCCGCGGGCCGGCGUUCCAGCGGGGCCACAGGCAGAGCACCAUGGACAACGUCGAUGUGUACCCCAUGAUGUGCCACAUCCUGGGGCUGACCCCACAGCCCCACAACGGCACUUUCACCAACAUCAGGUGCUUGCUCGCUGACCAGUGGUGCAAAAACCUUCCAGAAGUGAUCGGGAUAGUUAUUGGGGCUUUUAUGGUGCUGACUACUUUCACCUGCAUCAUAAUCAUCUCCAAGAAUAAAGUCGCUCCCUCACGGCCCUUUUCCCGACUGCAGUUACAGUAUGAUGAUGACAACCUCCUGAUUGGAUAG